GAAAAUUCGUUCCUUCUCUCUAGCUUUUUUUUGAGACUCGAGAAAAGUAAAUCUUGAUCGUAUCCUCACUCCUCUUCGCGUUCGACACAAAAAAAAACCUCCCUUAAACCUACCCUCACCCCCCUUCUUUUGCUCUAUCACUCCUCUAUCCCAAAAAAAGACGAACACUAUUCUACCUUGACGUUUUCUUUCUUGCAUUCUUUCUUUUUUUUCCUCUCCUUUUACCUUUCUUUACCGUUUUACCUUCUAUUUGCAACGAGCAUAUACACUAAGUAAUAAACCAUGGGUUGCUGUCAGUCGGCCGAAACACAAGAAGGCAAAGCUCGCAAUGAAGAGAUUGAAAACCAAAUCAAGCGCGACAAAUUAAAUCUUCGCAAUGAAGUCAAGAUGCUGUUGCUAGGUGCUGGUGAAUCAGGCAAGUCGACGAUCCUUAAACAAAUGAAGCUGAUCCACGACGAUGGCUACUCUUUGGACGAGCGUGAGGCUUUCAAAGAAAUUAUUUUUUCAAAUACGGUACAGUCCAUGCGCGUCAUUCUGGAAGCGAUGGACGACAUGGGCGUUUCGUUUUCAGACGGAGACAACCAGCAUCAUGCUGCGAUCAUCAUGGAAAUGCCCGCACAGAUCGAGCGCGACUCGUUGCCACCUGAGGUGACACAAGCCGUGCGUGCAUUGUGGAAGGAUAGUAAUCUGCAGGGAGUCUUUGAGCGAAGCCGAGAGUAUCAAUUGAAUGACUCUGCGAAGUACUACUUUGAUUCGAUCGACCGGAUUGGCGACCCGAACUAUGUGCCUACUGACCAGGAUGUCUUGCGCUCACGUGUAAAAACGACGGGCAUUACGGAGACCACAUUUGUCAUUGGUGAUCUGACGUAUCGAAUGUUUGAUGUCGGUGGUCAACGAUCAGAGCGUAAAAAAUGGAUUCAUUGUUUCGAAAAUGUCACCGCUAUUAUUUUCUUGGUGGCCAUCUCGGAAUAUGAUCAAGUUCUGAUUGAAGAUGAGACAGUGAACCGUAUGCAAGAAGCAUUGACACUAUUCGAUUCGAUCUGUAAUUCACGGUGGUUCGUAAAGACGUCCAUCAUUCUAUUUUUGAAUAAGAUCGAUAUCUUCAAAGAAAAACUACCGAAACACCCGCUUGUUGAAAGCUUUUCCGAUUUCAAAGGAUCUAAUACAUACGACGAUGCAAGCGAGUACAUCCUUAACCGGUUUGUCUCAUUAAACCAGUCCGACACAAAACAAAUCUAUACCCAUUUUACAUGCGCCACGGAUACAAAACAAAUUAAAUUUGUCAUGGCAGCUGUAAACGAUAUUAUUAUCCAGAACAACUUGAGAGAUGUCGGCCUCUUAUAAACUCUUCUUUACCUCUCGCUUUCUCACUUUCUCAUCAACAACACGAUCCACUUGACAUCCACUCCUUCUUUCCCUAUCUUUUCUCACCCUUGGUCUCUUUUUUUUUAUAUCAACAUCAACCCUUCUAUACAUAAUGUACAUCUUUUGCUCAAUUCCACAACCCAAUCCUUCAUUAUAUUAGUUAUAAUAACAUCUCUCUUUCCCGUUCUUUCUACAUUUUACCAAUAUUUAUAGUGUGAAGAGUCAAAGCAUCCCAAAUCAAAUUCAUAAUUAUAAUUUAAUUUACAG